AUGGAAGAAUCAAGAAACACAACUAUUCAAGAAAGAGCUGACAUUUUUGUACAAAAAUCUUUAAAAAAUGUGUUCCCUAUGCUUUUUAAACUUUUUCGUCUGUUUUUCACGAUUCCAAUGAACUCGGCAUCUUGUGAGAGGUCUUUUUCGUGCUUGCGACGGUUAAAAACAUACACCAGAAACAAGAUUGGCCAGGAGAGGUUGUCCUCGUUAGCACUUUUGGCUAUUGAAAGAAGUAUUGAAGUAAACAUUUCCAAAGUAAUCGACGACUUUAAUUUAAGCCAGAAGAGAAGACUUAAUUUUGUGUAA